AGGAAGGAAAAAAGUAUCUGUUAACAAGAGCAAAAUAAUAUAAAAAGUAUUUAACAAGGAAUAUAAAGAAUCAUCAGGGAAAAUGUUAUAAAACUUUUUUGAGGCCACAAGAGAAGAUGAAUAAGUGAAGAAGAACAUGAUGUUCAUAGAGAGAAAUAUACUCAGAAUAGCAACUGCUGAGGCUGCCUUGGGAAGAGGAUGAUCCUAAACAAAGCUCUGAUGCUGGGGGCCCUUGCUCUGACCACCGUGAUGAGCCCCUGUGGAGGUGAAGACAUUGUGGCUGACCACGUUGCCUCUUGCGGUGUAAACUUGUACCAGACUUAUGGUCUCUCUGGCCAGUACACCCAUGAAUUUGAUGGAGACGAGCAGUUCUACGUGGACCUGGGGAGGAAGGAGACGGCCUGGCGAUGGCCUGAGUUAAGCAAAUUUGGAGGUUUUGACCCGCAGGGUGCACUGAGAAACUUGGCUACAGCAAAAUACAACUUGAACAUCAUGACUAAACGCUACAACUCUACCGCUGCUACCAAUGAGGUUCCCGAGGUCACAGUGUUUUCCAAGUCUCCCGUGACGCUGGGUCACCCCAACACCCUCAUCUGUCUUGUGGACAACAUCUUUCCUCCUGUGGUCAACAUCACAUGGUUGAGUAAUGGGCACUCAGUCACAGAAGGGGUUUCUGAGACCAGCUUCCUCUCCAAGACUGAUCAUUCCUUCUUGAAGAUCAGUUACCUCACCUUCCUCCCUUCUGCUGAUGAGAUUUAUGACUGCAGGGUGGAGCACUGGGGCCUGGACGAGCCUCUUCUGAAACACUGGGAGCCGGAGAUUCCAGCACCCAUGUCAGAGCUCACAGAGACUGUGGUCUGCGCCCUGGGGUUGUCUGUGGGCCUCGUGGGCAUUGUGGUGGGCACUGUCUUCAUCAUUCAAGGCCUACGUUCAGUUGGUGCUUCCAGACACCAAGGGCCCUUGUGAAUCCCACCCUGAAAAUGAAGGGCUGACUGAAACUAUGGCUAAGAAUUGGGGGACUCUUAUCUUUCAAUCCUGUUUAAUCUCAUUUCCCAGAUCAUUUUUCAUGUCCAGUAACACAGAAGCCACCAAGUACAGUAUAGCCUGAUAAUAUGUUGAUUUCUUAGCUGACAUUAGUAUUUCUUGCUUCCUUGUGUUCCCACCCUUGGCACUGCCACCCACCCCUCAAUUCAGGCAACAGUGAAGUUAAUGGAUACCAUCUGCCCUUGGCCCAGAAUUGCUAUAGCAAAAAUUUUAAAACCAAAAAAUAAGUCUGUACUAAUUUCAAUGUGACUUUUAGAAGUAUGACAGAGAAAAAAGUUAGGAUAAAGGAACUUUGAA